UUUGCAUGUACUUUUAUCUUAUUUACUAUGAUUUGCGCUGAUUAUCCCACAAAAAUAAAAGAUAAGAGAGACUAAAUCAACUCGUUUCUACCUAUUACGGUAAAUGCCACACGCAGUAUGAAUGAAUUCUGUCUACGUUUCCACAUAACUUAAAUUUCAACCAAAAUGCUGGAUAAAACAAUCCUGGUCACCGGAUUCGGACCUUUCGGAGUCCAUAACAUAAAUGCCAGCUGGGCAGCUGUCCAACUACUGGACGAUUUGCAUUUCGACGGAUAUAAACUGAUAAAACAUGAAAUUCCAGUGACUUACGAAUAUAUCGAUGGAAAUAUUGCGCGCUUAUGGGAGGAAUACAACCCGACGUUCGUCCUCCAUGUUGGUGUGUCUGCGGAAGCUUCCGCUAUAACCUUAGAAUCCUUAGCGCGGCGGAAAUUCUACUGCAAAUCGGACGCCAAUGGUGUUUUCCACCCCACACGAGAAGUAUGCGCAAAGGAUGAAGGACCAGUCGUCCAUUUUCCUCAAAUUAACGUGGAAGACAUCGUCGCUGAACUGGACACCGAUACAUUACGCUUUGUUGAAUCAACCAACGCCGGUUUAUACCUCUGCGAGUAUCUUUUCUACACCUCUCUGAACGUAGACAACACACGCAUCCUAUUCACACACGUACCUCCGUUAAAUCAGCCUUAUUCCGCUGAAAAACUAGCAGAAGCACUUACAAAAAUCAUCCAUUCGGCAUUAAAACAAUUACCACUAGACGAGUAUUAGGGGGAGUCAAGUCAAAAUGGCGGCUGCAUCAACAUUAUCAUACAAUGUAAUAAUUAACAAUAAUUAAUCAUUCUUACGAGUAAUAAGUAGAUAUUUUUACAAUAUAUAAUGCAUUCAGCGUAAAUCCUAGCUAUGUUUAUGUCAUAAUUUCAUAAGAAUAAUAAAAGUUUUUGUUUUUU